UUUUUCGAGCAAGCGGUCAUAUUGGAAGGUCAUGGGCGCAGAUAAAAAGAAGAAAAAGAGACCGCUUAUUCCUGCUGGUGAAAACAUCUGCUCUUCGACGCACAAAUACAAGAUUGUGAGCGUUCUUGGAUCAGGAGGGUUUGGUGACGUCUACAAGGUUCGCCAAUCAGAGACCGGGAACUUUUACGCCUUGAAGACCGAAGAUGUCGACAUAGAUUCGAGAUUGAAUCGGCUGAAGGUGGAGGCUACCGUUUUGAGUGCUUGCAGCAAUGCCACUUAUCGCAAGCAUUUUCUCCGUCUUAUCGACCGCGGCGUUACACCAAAAUUCAAAUUCAUUGUGAUGCCAAUCGUUGGCUGGAGUUUAGACAAAAUCCGAAGAGAAGUUCUCGGUGGUGCUCAGUUCUCCAAGCAGACUGCCAUCAAAAUCUGUGUGCAAACGUUGAAUGCUGUGCGUGAUCUCCACGAUAUUGGCUUUUUGCACAGGGACUUGAAACUUGCCAACUUUGCGAUUGGGAUCGAUAGACCGUCUCAUGAGACAAUUUUCAUGCUGGACUUCGGAAUUGCGAAACGCAUCGCCGGGGAUGAUGGAAUUAUUCCAGAGCCCCGUGAAAAAGUCGCAUUUAUGGGAACUCGGCGCUACGCUUCCAGAGCUUGCCAUCAGAUGAAGGAGCAAGGGCGAAAAGAUGAUGUGGAGUCUUGGUGCUAUAUGAUGUUGGACACAUUUGAUGAGAAAUGCAUUCCUUGGCGUGAUGUCAAAGACAAUGAUGAAACUCUUCGAUUGAAGGACGAUCUAAUGCAUAGCCGAGAUGAUCUAUUCACUGAAGGAGAGCUGAAACCCGAAAUCAAUGAUGUUUACCUGUCCAUUCCGAGAGAAAUGAGCUUAAUUUUUGACUAUAUCAACACUCUAGUAUUCGAAGAUAUGGUCGACUUUGAUUAUUUGUUGGACAUACUUGGCCGUAUUGUCGAAGUAAACCACUGGAAGGUGGAUGAGAAAAUGGAUUGGAUUCCAGUGUUCAUAAGCAAAAAUUUGUUCAUGGAAAAUGUCGAAGGAGUUACAGUGGAGCCAGAAGAAAGGAAAGCAGAUGCCGUCAAAGCGUAAUCUCUCAUACUAUCAACAGAUUCAAA